CCGGUCCCAGAGCCGCAGCUGCUGCGCCCGCGCGCUCCCGGGGACAUUGUAACGGCCGCCAGGUCCCGCCGCCUCUCGCCCGCUAUUAAUACCGGCAACCAGGAGGGGGGCGCAGCGCGCGCGGCGCAGCCAUGGGGACGCUGCUGGCCUUCGUAGUCUGCGCGGCGCUGGUAACUUCUGCCUGGGGAGGCUGUGUGGAGGUGGACUCGGAGACCGAGGCUGUGUAUGGGAUGACCUUCAAAAUCCUGUGCAUCUCCUGCAAGAGGCGCAGCGAGACCAACGCUGAGACCUUCACCGAGUGGACCUUCCGUCAGAAGGGCACAGAGGAGUUUGUCAAGAUCCUGCGCUAUGAGAAUGAGGUGCUGCAGCUGGAAGAGGAUGAGCGCUUUGAGGGCCGAGUGGUGUGGAAUGGCAGCCGGGGCACCAAGGACCUGCAGGACCUGUCCAUCUUCAUCACCAACGUCACCUACAACCACUCGGGUGACUACGAGUGCCACGUCUACCGCCUGCUCUUCUUUGAGAACUAUGAGCACAACACCAGCGUCGUCAAAAAGAUCCACCUCGAGGUGGUGGACAAAGCCAACAGAGACAUGGCGUCCAUCGUGUCCGAGAUCAUGAUGUACGUACUCAUCGUGGUGUUGACCAUCUGGCUGGUGGCAGAGAUGGUGUACUGCUACAAGAAGAUUGCUGCCGCCACAGAGGCCGCUGCCCAGGAGAAUGCCUCGGAGUACCUGGCCAUCACCUCAGAAAGCAAAGAGAACUGUACGGGCGUCCAGGUGGCCGAAUAGCCCUGGCCCCAGGCUUAACCUCAAGGAAGAGCCAGUCCUAAUGGGAAAUAUCCGGGCAGAGCCUGCCCUCCUGUGGGAGUUGGCCAUUCCUGGGCCUCCACUCGCCUCAGAAUUCUGCCACCAGAGCCACCGCCGCUGGGGUGGGAGGGGUGCGGGGGGCUUGGCUUGCAUCUCCCAUUCCAGCUUUCUGCCACUUGCCCUCAUUACCCACCUACCGCCAUGCAUGAUGGGUAAAGCAAUACUGCUGCUGCCCCCACCCCGCUUCUGCUGCCUGUUUGUGGGGGUGGUGAGGCGGUGAGGCGGGGGCAGAGACCCCACACCCCUUUCCUUCUUGCUAAUUUGCACAUAUUGGCCGCUUCAGACACACUGCUGAGCUCAGUCCCUCCCUGCCCCUCCCCUGCCCAGUGGGGGUUGUAGCGGGCUGGAAUAGGUGGGGGCAGGGGGUUCCAUGACCCCCUCCCACUCCCAGCAACAUCCCCCCAUCCCGCUUCCUCCAGCUGGACCUGGGGUCCCCUGUCCCUGUGAUGCAUUCUUGUCCUGGCCAGACCCCCGCCUGCCCUCUCUCACCAGCCUUGGAUUGUGGCCACUUAGAGAGAAGUCCAUUCAGCCUUCGUCUCUCUUUACAGAAGCAGUUUUGUUCAUGAAAUAAAGAUUCUUGGACUUGA